AUUUCAAAUUUGAAUGAUGAAUCUGUAUAAUUUUUUUUCUCAGCGUGUGCUUAUGUUUAGCUUGUUGUUUUGCAUUAAAUUAUUUUAAAAAUAUGUUUUCUAAAUUUUAAAACAAAAUGUCUUAUCUAUCUGUCACAGAUAUUUUAGUUAGUAAUGAAAAAGUGCCUUGUAAAUUUCUACACGAUUUGCCCAAGUUAGGGUUUCUGGAUCCAUCAUGUACUGAUGACGAUUUGAAAGCUGGAACAAGUGUAGAAAUACCUAUAUGGCUGGCAGAGUCUUUAUCUUCAAGGAGGCCACCACUAGUAACAGUAGAUUUGCCUAAAGUUUACAAAGAAACUUACAGAGAAAUAUUCAGUGCUGAUGCAUGUACUGUAGAUAUGCAUAAAUUAGCUCAAUACUUCUACGAACUAGGGUGUUAUGUUGCAAAAUAUGAUAUAAAAGGAGAGGUAGCAACCACUCUAGUAAAUACCUUUAGACAGAGAUUUAAGAUGAUUCUAUCAGCUAGUGUAGCAACUGAUUCUAUCAAUGCAUUACAACCAUUGUCAGAAUGUGAGAGAGAUCAUACAUUAGCAGCUAUGACAACAGAAAAAGCUUUAUCUUCUUGGCUUAAGAGAGGGGAAUCAUUAUUGACAACUGCUACUAUGGUAGCCAAUCAUAGAAAGAGGAAAAGAGCUGAAAUGGAAAUGUUGUGAUUAUAUGAAAUAGUAGAUCACUAAAAAGCAGUUCAGAAGUACACCUAUAAGGGUGUAUUGACUGUUAACACCUGUCAUUCUUCACAGAAGGAUUCAAAUCAUGAAAG